AUGGUCUGCAUUGAAUUAAGUUUACCCUACAAUAAAUCACUGCUAAUAAGCACAUGGUAUAGACCACCAAAUUCUCUUAUGAAUAUAUUUGAUUACUGGGCAAGCUUUUUAGCAAAAUGUGAUAAUGAAGAUAAGGAGCUAAUCCUCAUAGGAGAUUUAAAUUGUGAUGUCAGUAAAACUAUACCUGACCCUCACACAGGUAAGUUGCAAUUUUUAUGUUCUCUGUAUCAGAUAGACCAACUUAUUAAAGAAUCUACAAGGCUAACUCCUAAAUCAGCUACACUAAUUGAUUUAAUAUUAACAAAUAGACCAGAAAAUAUUUCCAGAUCAGGUGUCAUUCACCCGGGAAUUUCAGAUCACAGCCUUGUCUACGCUGUGAGAAAAUUUACACUACCGAAUGGAAGGCAAAAAAUUCGUCAGGUUCGUAACUUUAAAAACUUUGUCGAAAAUGAUUUCAUUCGGGAUGUGUCUCAAUUGCCUUGGGAGAUGGUCUAUCAGUUUGGAGAUCCCAAUUUAUGUUGGCAAGUCUGGAAAUCACUAUUAUUAGAUGCACUUAAUAGACAUGCUCCUCUGCGCCACAAGCGAAUAAGGAAUAACCCUGUCCCAUGGAUUAAUCCUCAAAUUAAAGAACUUAUGAGAAAAAGGGACUAUCACAAAAAAAAGACCAUAAAAUAUGAUUCGGAGUCACAGUGGGAAUUGUAUAAAACACUACGUAAUGAAGUAAAUAUAAACAUGCGGAAAGCAAAAUCUAAGUACUUUGUGAUAAAAUCCAGGCAAGCUCUCAAAUGGGAGACAGUAAAAGUGGAUGGGCUUGGAUAAAUUCGCUCUUAGGAAGAAAGCAUAAGAAUGCAAAUAUUAAUGAACUGAAAGUAAAUGAUGAUAUUAUUUCUGAUGAUAAAUCUAUUACUGAAACAUUAAAUGAAUAUUUUAUAAAUAUUGGAAUGAAGAUGGCUGCUGAAUCAGCAUGUCAAAACACUGAUGCUUUAAAUGAUCAAGUAAUUUAUGAAAGUACUGUGCUUCUUCCUAAAGAAAAUUUUCACUUCGCAGAUAUUACUAUAGAUAGUGUUUCCAAACGCCUACAAAAACUAAAUGUCUCGACAG